AAAAAAAGAGUUCAUUUAUUUUGUUUAUAUUAGAAGAUAAAAUUUAAUAUUAAAGUGUUUGUUAUAUUUUCUCUAUAUUAAUGAAUAAAACUAUAAUUUACGAAAUGAAUGACGAAUUCGAAUGGAACGUUGUUCAUGAGGGGCAAUUAUUAGAUGCGAUGGUGGGACACAAACCAGUCGGAGUGAAUAAAUAUUUUCAAAUGGCCUUUAUUUGUGAUAAAUUUGUCGAUCAUGUCCACAAAGACAUCGAUUCUAGAAAGAUAUGGUCUCAUUUAGAAACCAUGUAUAACCUCGAAGCGUUAGAUGAAUGCGAAUCUAUACCAUUCCCAAAUACCGAAAUUGAAUUCAAAUUACCAGAAUCUGAAUACGGAAAUCUCAUUAUUAAAAAAGAUGAAGAAUUAACUAAAAAUAUUAAUGAAAAUGCAACUAAACAAGUAAAAGAGGCGAAGAAAGAAGAAAAAACUCCGAAUAAAAAUCAAAAAGAACGAAGAGACAGUAAAGAAGGGAAAGAUAAUAAUAAAAAUCCCAUUGCUAAAAAGGAGAUUAAAAAAGAGCCAGAAAAAGCGAAACCGAUUGCUAAAGGAAGAACUUCUACUUCGUCUAAUAACGAAAGUAAGAGUGGAAAAUCGAAGUUUGAAGAUACCCCAAAACCUUCAAAAAGACCAACCAGAGGAAGUUUGAAGUCCAAUGACGAUUCCGGAUCUAGUGGAAAAUCCAGUCCAAUUACAGUUACUCCUACCACAGCUAAAAGAAUAAGGCGCAUUUAAAAGCAGCUAAUUUAGUUGAACGUUGAACCAAAGACAGGAGACAAAGGCCAGGUCAUAGGGGAAAGAAGAAUAAUGCAACCAAAACAAUCUUAUGUCAAUAUUUUAUUAAUUCAAAGAAAUGUUAUUAGUAAUUUUCUUAUAUUGUUAUUAGAAAUGUAAUUAUCUCAAUAAUUGGUUGUGUAAGUUAUACAAAAUGGUUCAAUUUAAAGAAAAUUUCAACGUUUUGUUGACAUCUGUGAAAGUUACGGUAAGUUUUAUUUUCUUUCUGUCACAAAUAGUAUCGAAAAAUAUUUAUUUCUAUAUUACGCAAUGCCAGAUUUAUUAGUAGAAAAUAAAAAGAAAGUUACAGAAGCAUUGAUAAUAAUAGAGAUUAAAUUAGUGUUAGUUUGACGUUGUUUUGUUUGUUUAUAGUUAUCUUGUUAUCCCUCUGUGUGUAUUUGGAACAAUAUUAUAACGCCUCUAGUGAUUUAACGUCUCUUAAAGUGUUCGAUUUUGUAAAUAGAGGUUAUGAGGCUCUAUAUUAUUAUUUUUUAUCUAUUCUCGCAACUUUUCAGUCACAAAAUUAGGUCAAGUAAUUAGUCUUAAGAUGAAAAAUUAUGAAUUUCGAAUCUAAUUAUUUCUUUUACAUUAAUUUAUGCACAAUUCAUAAAAUUAAAAAAUAAUUUUAUUAGUUGAGUAAAGAUUUAUAACCUACUUAUUUGUUUCGCAUUGUAUCAAUUACUUCACUUUAUAUGUAUCUAUCGACAUAAUUUCUUAUUAUAUUAUAUAAGCUCUUGUUGUGUGGAUUAGUUUAAAGAAAUAUUCUUACUUUCAUUUCUUUAUAACAAGAAAAAAUAAUAUUGUGAAAUAGUGCAAUCAAUAAAUCAACUUUUAAAUGGUAGACGAGUACAGGGUGGGUAACGAUAACUGGCGUCGGCCAUAUCUCAUGAACGGAUUAUCUUACGGUUUCAGAGGAAAAGUGGCCCCGAUAAAUACGUUGAUUAUUUUUAUAAUUUUAGAAUUAAAGGACGUACUUGAAAAUAUGAAUUUGAAAUAGUAACUUUUUAAAAGUUACCCAAUUAAGUGGUACUUGAUAUACGAUAAUCGAAUCGCGGUGGGGGAAAGUGGGAACCUUAUUCUGAAAAAAUGUCUGAGUCCGGUUCUGCUCAACCGAUUUUCAUAAACUUGAUAUUAUCCGAAAGGACUUUUGUUCAGUAAUUCAAUUUAUAUAAAUUCUAAGCAAUUUUAUUAGUAACGUGAAUACUAGAAUACCCAAAAUUCCCAUAAAAUGCGAAUAUUCGAAUUUAGAAGCGGUCUCAGUACUAGACAGGCACUAGUUGAAGCCCAAAUACUGGUUCAGAACUGCUACGACCAAAGGGAAAAUGUAGCAUUUUUAGUUACUUAGUUUUGGUUCUGUCAAAAGAUAAAAAAAGAAGAAGAGAGGACUGUGAUAAAAAAGAUGGUAGCUUGUAAACUGAUAAUGAAAGUACUAGUAAAUAAGUAUAGUUUUAAUAAAAUAUAUAAAAACAAGAAAUUGAACAAUAAACAAGGAAACAUGGUGUCAGAAUUGUAGUCAAAAAUCGCCGACAGCUUCAAAAAGAAAAAAAGCGUGUUCCAUAGUUUUAAGUAGUGCAUUUUUAGUUAUAUAGUUUUGGUUCUGUCAAAAGAUAAAAAAAGAAGAGAGAACAGUGAUAGAAAACAUGGUACAUUGUAAACCUUAUAAUGAAAGUACUAAUAAAUAAAAUUACUAGUAAAUAAAUAUAGUUUUGAUGAAACAUGAAGAAAAUGUUAAUAUUGAAUAAGUCAUUUUUUACCCUCUUCGCCGUCUAUGGAUAAAAGUAUAGACAAAAAAAAUUCAACGUAACCUUUGUUAUUUCGUAUUUGCAAAGUGAAAGUGGAUCACGAAAUGAAACAAGAUUUUGCGUCUCUCCUCCUCUUUUAUUUAAUAUUAAAAAAAAAUAAA